CGUUUCCCCGUUUCUAUGAAGCCGUUUAGGUCGCACUUUGCCUGCGACCAGAGCUUUCGGCACAGAGCAGAAGCGUCAAAUUGAGUUCACUUUUAAAACGAAACCGAGUUUUGAAAUAAAUUGCAGGAGCCAGGUUCUCCAAAAUUAAGACUUGGCCAUGACUGACCGGCACUUGGCAGCGUGGACGGCGGGCUGCGUGCUCGGACUGUUCGUGCUUGUCGCCCCCAGCCUCCAGGAAGUCCAGCAGCAGACAGCCCCGGUGGCCGGCGAGCCACAGCCCCUGGAAGAGGACAAACGGGGAUGGAGCGAUAUGCAAAGCGGAUGGGGGAAGAGAGGAUGGCAAGAUAUGCAGGGCAGUUGGGGAAAGCGCGCCUGGGACAACCUGGGCUCCACUUGGGGCAAACGCGACUGGGGCCAGUUCAAGGGCUCGUGGGGCAAGCGUGGUUGGAGCGAAAUGCAGCCGAUGUGGGGCAAGCGGGCCUGGGACAAAUUCCACGGCGCCUGGGGCAAGAGGACACCUGAGGAGGACGAGCAGGAGGGCGACAAUGACGCAUCCAUCGCCGACGACACCGAGCUGCUCGGAAACCUGGAAAACAUGUCCGACGACGAGCUGGCCAAGCUGGCCAACUUCAUCUACAGCAACGAUGGUGACCUACAGAACUCGCUGACCGAGGAGGAGCAGAAGCGUAGCUGGAGCAAUUUGCACGGCGCCUGGGGAAAGAGGGGUUGGAACAACUUCAAAGGUAGGCAGCGAUCUUGGGGAAAGAAGCGUGAGCCAGGCUGGAACAACCUCAAAGGUCUCUGGGGGAAGCGGUCUGAUCGCAGCUGGAACAAAUUGGCGUCUGUGUGGGGAAAACGAUCUGUCGACGGUGAGAAAGGAAUCAAGCAGACCGCCUCGAGCCUAGAAAACUGAACUGCACUGCACUCGUAAAAGAUUGAUUUUGUUGAAACCCCGUUCGGAAUAAGGAGCGUGUAUAUUUGUGACAAAUCAAUCGAUUUUUCAACUCCCCCACCCCUCUACAUGCCCCCCACCUUGAUUGACUACUUUUCUGCCAAAGUACCGAGGACGAAAAACGCACGAACUGAUACAGGGCGCAGUGAUGAGAUGAUAUUACAAAAUAAAACGAAUCCGGUUAUGCAUUUUAAUUUUUCUGCUGACACGAUUUUAGAACAAACUCACUUAGCGCGUACAUAAAAUGUCUCCUUUGCCGCUUUUCCUUCAGUAUAUAUAUAUAUAAUUGUAGUUUCUCGGAAUGAUUUGCUGAAUUUCUUAAUGCUGUGCUGUACUACUACCGUCUCAUAGAAUCGUUGUAAACAAGCUGUUGCAGAGGACUUGAUCUCAAAAAAUAAAUACAUUCCAUGGCAAAUCGCAUUUUAUGAGAUAAUAUAGAAAUAUACACGAUUAAUGUUCCAUUUAGGACGAGAAGGAGCAAUUAAUAUUAUACCAAUUUCCUCGAUCGAAAAAACUGCAUGGUGCCCUCACAUGUGUCGAAAAAAGAUGUUGAAAGUACUAAACUGUUGUAUUUUGUGUGAAUAACAAAACACUACUGAAUAAACGUUAUUUUGAUUUCAACAAAGCAAA